UAAAAAAUAAAAAACAAAAAACAAAAGGUCAUGUGAGUCAACUCAUGAAUACCAGUGAAUCGGCCUGGCCAAAAGAGAUCCGCCUCGAGUCAAAAUCACUCUCAUAUGGUCGGCCGAGGAUUGCCGGAGGAGACCCUACUACCAUUCGAUCUCCACUCACUCAAACCCUAAAUUCCUCAAUCAACACACACACACACGAGAGAGAGAGAGAGAGAGAGAGAGAGAGAGAUGGAAGAGUAUCCGGAAGAGCUUCGAACGCCGCCGGUGGCUCUGGUGGCGCUGGUGGGGUGUCCGGAGCUUCACGCAGUGAUCUCCACUCAUCUCCACUCCGAACAGCCUCCCAUCAACACCCUAGCCCUACCUGACUUCUCUAAGAUCUCUCUCAUCUCCAAGACUCCCAAACAACCCCCCCAUUCUGCUCAAUCCCUCGGCAUUUUCAAAAGGGAUUGGCUCCUCAAGCAUCGCACUAGGGUUCCCUCUGUCGUUGCCGCUCUCUUCACCUCCGAUCACGUCUCCGGCGACCCCGCUCAGUGGCUUCAGCUCUGCACCGAUCUCGAAAACCUCAAGGCUAUAAUUCGACGAAGGAAUAUCAAACUAGUUCUUGUUGUGGUUGUGCAGUCUAAUUCUAAGGAUGAUGUCAGUGAAGAUCGUAUGAUUGCUCUGCGAAAGCGUGCUGAAUUAGAUUCCAAAUACCUUGUUGUCUUUGUUCCAAACAAUGAAUUGGAGCUAGCACAAUCCCUCAACAGGCUAGGGAACAUAUUUGCAGAAUUAUCAAAUACAUAUUACAGGGAUGAAGGACGAAGGAUUAAAACAUGUCUUGAAAGGAAGAGCAUCAGCUCUGUAGAGUUGAGUAUCCGCUAUUGCUUUAAGGUUGCUGUAUAUGCAGAGUUUCGAAGAGACUGGGUUGAAGCUUUGAGGUUUUAUGAAGAUGCCUAUUACACAUUGCGAGAGAUGAUUGGUACAUCAACAAGAUUACCUGCAAUUCAACGGUUAGUUGAGAUAAAAACAGUUGCCGAACAAUUACACUUCAAGAUAUUAACCUUGCUACUGCAUGGUGGAAAGGUUGUAGAAGCAAUCACAUGGUUCCACCAACACAAUACUUCGUACAAGGGGCUAGUGGGAGCGCCAGAAGUUAAUUUUCUUCAUUGGGAAUGGUUGAGCAGGCAGUUUUUGGUAUUGGCCGAGUUGCUAGAUAUGACCUCUGCUACCAUCCAAAGCACAGUCGUUGCUACAGAUAAAUUGAGUGAAUGGGAGUUCUCUUCAGCUUAUUAUUACCAGUUAGCUGCUCACUACUUGAAGGAGAAGAGGUCUUGCUUUGAACUUACUCUGUCAAUGUCAGAAACAGCUAGUGACAUUGAUGGUAAUGCUGAAUCUGUUGCACCUUCUGUUUACGUGGGUCAGUUUGCUCGAUUACUUGAGCAAGGGGAUACAUAUACUAUGCAACCUAUUACUGAUGAAGAAUAUGUCCGUUAUGCUCUAGCCGAAGGGAAGAGGUUCCAGGAUUCCUUCGAAAUUAUUGCUCUGCUCAAAAAAUCUUUUGAAUCAUACACUAAUUUCAAAGCCCAGAGGAUGGCCUCUUAUUGUGAGUUCAAGAUGGCAAGGGAAUAUUUUUCUGUGAAUGAAUUCGGUAAUGCAAAACUGCUUUUUGAUAGUAUUGCAAGUCUUUAUAGAAAGGAGGGGUGGGUCACUUUAUUAUGGGAGGUCUUGGGUUAUCUGCGGGAGUGCUCAAGGACACUUGGUUCGGUGAAAGAUUUUGUAGAGUACUCCCUUGAAAUGGCUGCUUUGCCAGUAUCUAUUGCUGGUGUCCAAUCUUUAAGUUCUAAGGAAUGUGGCCCCGCUGGCCCUGCAAGCCUCUCACAGAGAGAAAUCAUACACAAGGAAGUCUUUGAGCUUGUCAGAGGAGAAUCAGGUUUGGCAUCAAAUGAAGAAAACAAUAGUGUCAGAGUAACUGGUGAUCAACCCCUUCAUCUUGAGAUUGAUCUUGUCAGUCCACUUAGAGUGGUACUUCUUGCAUCGGUUGCUUUCCAUGAACAGAUAGUUAAGCCUGGAGCACCCACUUUGCUUACACUGUCAUUUCUAUCACAAUUACCGCAUACUGUGGAGAUCGAUCAGUUAGAAAUCCAGUUCAAUCAAUCUGUGUGUAAUUUUACUAUUGUGAAUGGUCAGAGACCUCAGUCAGCUGCAAUCUCCAAUGUUCAGCCAGGUCACAGAGUUGAGACUGCUCCUGCUCUGAUGCUUUCCACAAACAAAUGGUUGCGGUUAACAUACGACAUCAAAUCUGACCAAAGUGGAAAGCUUGAAUGCGUUUCUGUAAUUGCAAAGCUAGGACCUCACUUCACAAUCUGUUGCAGGGCUGAAAGCCCUGCCUCAAUGAAUGAUUUACCACUUUGGAAGUUUGAAGACCGUGUGGAAACUUUUCCAACCAAGGAUCCUGGUCUUUCAUUCUCCGGUCAAAAGGCUACUCAGGUUGAAGAACCAGACCCGCUAGUCGAUCUUCAACUAGGUGUUUCUGGCCCUGCAUUAGUCGGAGAGAUCUUUGCCAUACCCAUUACUAUUUCAGCUAAGGGCCACGCUGUCCACUCUGGCGAAUUGAAGAUUAACCUUGUGGAUACAAGAGGUGGCGGCUUGCUUAGUCCGAGGGAAGUAGAACCAUUUUCUACAGACAAUCUUCACGUUGAGCUUCUUGGUGUAUCUGGACCAGAAUCCGAAGACGACAACAUCCGGAAAAUUCAGCACUCUUUUGGAUUGAUUUCUGUUCCAUUUCUAAAUGAGGGAGACUCAUGGUCCUGCAACUUAGAAAUCAAAUGGUAUCGUCCUAAACCAGUCAUGCUUUACGUGUCAUUGGGCUACUCUCCACAUAGCAGUGAACCUAAUGCACAAAAAGUUAAUGUCCACAAAAGCUUGGAGAUAGAAGGCAAGACUGCUGUUGUAUUUAGCCAUCAGUAUAUGUUGCCGUUCAGACGGGACCCACUGUUGUUCUCAAAGAUCAAGCCAGGUCCUGAUUCUGAUCAGAUGGCAUCGCUGCCUCUAAAUGAAACUAGUAUACUCAUUGUUACUGCUAAGAACAGCACGGAAGUGCCAUUACAGUUACUAUCAAUGUUUAUUGAGGUUGACGAUGAUGACAUUGGAAAGUCUUGCACAGUGCAACACGGGGCUGAGGACUCUUCAGACUCUGCACUCCUCGUGCUUGGAGAAGAGUUCAAGAAGGUUUUCUCUGUCAUUCCCAAGGUAAAUAUGUCGAAGCUUAAAAUGGGGACAGUGUGCCUAAGAUGGAGAAGAGCUUCUGGGCCCACGGAGCAACCAUCUGAGGUAUUGACCAAACAUAGACUUCCUGACACAAAUGUAGAAUUGUCUCCAUUGGUUGUGAAUUUGGAGUGUCCUCCUCAUGCCAUCCUUGGCAACCCCUUCACAUACUUUGUCAGAAUUCAGAAUCAAACAGAGCUGCUUCAAGAGAUCAAGUUCUCAUUGGCAGAUUCACAGAGUUUUGUGUUAUCUGGGUCCCAUAACGGCACGGUUUUCAUUUUGCCAAAGUCUGACCAUGUCAUUGGUUACAAGCUUGUUCCAUUGGCCUCAGGUUCUCUACAGCUUCCCAUAGUCACAGUGACCUCAGUAAGAUACUCAGCUGGAUUUCAACCUUCCAUUGCCGCAUCCUCUGUUUUUGUGUUUCCAUCCAAACCUCAUUUUCGGAUGACAAAUAUGGAAGUGAAGACACAGUCUAUUGUAGCCGAGUAAAUACCGAUCGAGAAAAUCAGUCCUUAUUGGUUUCUAAUGGGACACAACGAACGGAUUGAUCAGUAGCUGGAUCCAAUGUUUGUCAGGGAGCAAGAUUUUUGUUGAUGCAUGUAAUGUCAUGCGGAUUUCUUCAGGAUGAUUGAAUUUGUGGCUGGAUUUUCAAGCAUAUUUCCUUUGCUCCAUCUGGGAGGGAGAUAUGGUGUUCUCUGCAUCUCAGUGAGUCAGUUUUUCUAGAAAGGAAGGGUUUGGUAUCUGCGUUCAAUGUCUUUUUCUAACAGAGUUUUGUUUCACUUGAGUUGUUAAAAAUUCCAAUUCUUUAUGAAGUUGGUGUUAAUUAAGUAUUUGAAAUUUAAGCAGAAUUGUGAGAAGUGACUUUAAUAGUGAUAUAUAUGUUUUUUCUUUUUUUUUUUU